AUGGAUGAUGAGUUAUCAGAUAAUGAUGAAACAUUUGUAGCUUUGAACGAAAAACUUGAUAAAAUAUUAAGUAAGCCAAAAACAAAAGUUAGUAAUCCUCGAGAGAAUGACGAUAGUGAUGCUUCUCCAGAUGAACAAAGUUACAAAGUGGAAGUUUUAACUCCUUCAGUUAAAAUAAAGAAAGGAAUAAAGAAAAAGGUAUCAAUAAAAAUAGAAAGUAUUAAUCCUAUAGGUGAGAAUAUUGAGAAAGCUUAA